CAAACUCCGUUUAGCCUUUCUUGAAAAACAGGUCUUAUGAAGACAACCUCCCUCAGUUUUUAUUUCCAUGCAAGUGUUUUAUCUGUCUUUCAUUUACCGAGGACAGGUCUGCGGGCAUAGGUCCUUCUGAUGGUGGCCCUCCCAUGAAUCUGACAUAAACAUCCCUGGCCUCUACAUUCACCUGCACAGCUUUCUUGGGAGAUGAAGUCACUUAGCCUUUCUCUACUCACAGUGACAGUCUUUCUUUGCUGUAACAUGACUCAGCCUGGACUCAGGAAGAAAGCGGAUAUAAUCAAAUCUGGGUUUUGCCCAGAGUAUCAUCUUUCCUGCCCUUUUGUCCUCCUGUCCAAGUGCAAGCAUGAUAGAGGCUGCAAGGGAGACAAAAAGUGUUGUUUCUACUACUGUCAGAUGCGCUGUGUGGAUCCAUGGGCGACUCUGGAUUAGACAAAAAUGAGAAGACGCAUUUGGUACAGUCUUAGUCCAGAGUAGCUGGCCUCCAGUUCCUUCUCGGUCCUCACAGGCUCUUCAAAAAGCUAAGCAUUUGGGGCUGGAAGGAUGGCUCAGAGGUUAAGAGCACUGGCUGUUCUUCCAGAGGUCCUGAAUUCAAUUCCCAGCAACCACAUGGUGGCUCACAGCCAUCUGUAAUGAGAUCUGGCUCCCUCUUCUGGCUUGAAGGGAUAUAUGCAAGCAGAACACUGUAUACAUAAUAAAUAAAUAAAAAAAUUUUAAAGCUAAGCAUUUGUUAAUAUAAAUACAAAACAAAGGAACAAAGAGUUGUGCAUUUGUCUA